AUGCCAACAUCAACAACAACAAAGAGAAGACAGUCAUUAGGUUUUGAAAUUGCAAGUAUAAAACAUCAACAACCGACGAAAAUACCAACUAUAAAUUUACCACCACCAAGUACAACAAGCUCAAGUAGAUCUUUACCUAAUGAUUUUCAAGAUCGGAUAUUGACAAUACAAGAUAGAUUGAAAAGAAAAGGACAGGUUAAUGAUAAUAUAAAUAAACCAAAAGAGUAUAAACCUAGAAAAUCAGGCUUUUUGGUAUCUAAUAAUGAAUUGCAACAGAAAUAUUAUGGAUUGAACGAUGAAUAUAAGGAGAAGCUAAAGAAGAUAGAAGAUUUAAGUUCAGAAUUAAAGGGUCUAAAGCUUAUACAUCGAAAUUAUCAAUCUAAGAUAGAGAUACUCAUGGGUCAAUAUCAAUCAAACAUGAAUUUAAUAGAAGAUUAUGAAAUGCAAAUUAUUAAGAAUGUAGAAAAUGAAGAAAAGAUGAUCAAUUUAAAACUUAGAGAGAAUAAAAUAAAAUUAGAGAAUCAGUUUAAGGAAUUUGAAUCGGUUACAAAUUUGGAAAUCCAAGACGCAAAGAGUUAUAAUUUCGAGAAUGUAAUUAAUCAAAUCAAGGUAUUGAAAGAAGAGAAAGAGAAGUUAGCGUUAUCGAUCAAAGAAUCUAAGUUGUCAAAUGAUGAGAAAUUGAAAAUAGAGAAUGAGAAAUAUGAAGAAAGUAUCAAAUUGGAAAUAGAACCAUUUGUUACCAAAUUAAAUGAGAUCAGGACAGAAAUAUUAGUAAAAGGAGCAGAAUUGACUCAAUUAGAAUCUAUUCAUGCUUCGUUAAUGACAGAUUUAGAAUCAUCACAACUUGAAAUUAGACAGUUAAGAGAAGAAAUAGGAUCAAUUGAAAAGAUAAUGAAUUCAUAUCAUUCAACAAAAUUAUCUUACGAAAAUGAAUCACAAGAAUUAGAACAAAAAAUAGCUGUUGAAUCUCAAAUAGAUGAAAAGAAUCAAGACAAUUACAACUCAAUAUACCAAGAUUAUCAAGAAGUUUCUUCAAAAUUGGAAAUUAAUGAAAAUUAUCGUCGAAAUUUAGAAAAUUCAAUAAUGCAAUACGAGAAUAAAUUUAGAAUCUACAUCAUAUCAAGCACUUCUCAAAAUUAUAAUAAGAACCUUUCACCCAAGACUCCAAUCACGUUCAUAAUUGAUGAAUUUUCAUUCUUUAUCAAGAGUGUAAUGAAGCAGAAUAUAAGUAUAAUUACAAACAACAUACCAAGUCCAAUUUUAAUCAAGAGUAUAAUUCAAAUUAUAGAAAAAAAGAACUGGACAUUCGAAUUAAGUUAUCAAUCUAUGAUAUUUAAUGUAAUUGGUAAAAGUGUAUUUAAAAGUGAUAAGAUAAUGAUUGAUGAUGAUUGCAAUAUAACUGACAGUGAUGAAGGUGUUAUUAUCCAUACUGUUCAUGUUAAAGGAAGUAAUACGAUGAAGAAUAUCGAGAAUAGACUCACUUUGAUCGAUUUUUCAAAAUUGAACACUGUUGAACAGGUGCAAUUUUUAAAGAGGUUUGAUAGUGAUAGAGUAAGAGUGGAUGAGAUUGAUGAGGUUGCUAAUUCAGUUGUUUCUAAUCUGAAACCUAUUUUUGUUUGUGCAAUAGAUGAACAAGUUGAUAAAUUUAAUGAAAUUUUACAAAGUUUGAGAGGUAUAGAAUGUCCAUAUAGAAUCAAAUAA